CAUGCAUCAUGUGUAGGAAAAGUACAAGAUGCUAAAUAUUAAAGAAAAGAUGAAUCAUUGAGUUAUUGGUCUCAGGUACAUAGCAAUUCUAAACACAGUACAACUGAACGUCAAAUGACUAGUGGCAAAGGACCAAAAGAGGAAUAUGUUCAGACUAAUGUGUAUGAAGAAUGCAUAUCAACACAGCUUCAAGGAAUUAUCAUUUUUCCUAAGAUAAAUAUUACCAUAUUUCAAACAUCAGUAGUUGAAGAACUGAUUUCCUUCGCAGCUCUAGAUAAUAUACAGGAUUUGACUUGUGCUUCUCUAUUAGCAGUUUGUUUUGAAAGCGUAACGCUAAGGUGUCACAUUGGCAAGCAGGCGAAAGAAGUCGUACAGACUUUAAGUAGACCAACUGCUCCAAAUCGGGGAUUGAAGAAAGUUACGGGGUUAAUGCGAGGUCCGCGCGCCUUUAUAUCUGGGAAUCUGCCCAGUAGAGCGAGUCAAGAUGCUCUACCAAGUGAGCCAGACUAUAUUGAAACAUCCGAAAUGCAGCAAGAAGAAUUACUUGUUACACUAAAUGUUGGAAGAAUACAUACACAGCUUAGACGUUUACGGAAUGAGAGUUCGAUUUUAAAGGAUGCGAUUAUUACGUCAAUUCCUUCACAUUGCUCUCGCGUUUUAUUCACAUGCGUGAGGAUAUCAUCUGCUGUUCCUUCAUCAGUGUUCUAUCAGCAAAUGAAUCAAGCUGAAAAUACUCCUUUGAAAACAUUUGCCACUGACAUUGGAAGUUCUAAUGGUAACUUAUUGGACAAUUCAAUGGGGUUUAUAAUGUUUGAAUGUGGUUUGGAAGGUGUUUCUAUUAAGAUUGUGAAACGAUCCCAGCGUGACAAUAAUGAAAAUGGUCAAAACGGUAAUAAAAGCAGGGAAAGUGAAGUAUUUUAUGAUGAUUCAGUACACUCAAAACAGAGUACUGAUAAUACUAAGUUAGAGAACAUUUCAAGUAGCACUCCAAUGCCUGAACAGAAGUCUUAUCACAAUGGCCAAUUAAGCACGGCUCCUACUCCAACAAGUUACAGGAAGAACACUAUGAAUAGUAUUGGAUUUGAAAUACCUAAUAAUCAAAAUAGUACUGUAUUAAAAGAUGACAAUGGAAAAACUUCAUCAUGUGUGAUUGAAUUCAAGACGGUAUGGUUUAACUUUGCUGCACCACCCAGAGCACCUAUUACUAGAAAGCUAGACUUUACUAGAUUGGAUUGGAAUCUUCUAAGUACUGCUUCUUCAGCUAUCAAUGCCUGGAUGAAUCCAAGUAAUAGAUUUUUUAUAAAAACAAUGACUAUGUGCAAAUCUAUGUAUAGACGCAGAACUGCUGUAGUAGUUUGUCUCAUGGCUGAUGCUCUUGAUGUUCCUUCUAUACAUAUUCCCGUUAAGAGCCGAUAUGGUAAACUAACACCACUUGCAAAAACUUUGCAAGAAGAUCCGUCUUGUCAGUUGUGCUGUGUUUUGCAAAAAUAUGUGCUUCUUGGCGAAGUUAAAGCUGUUGAAAACAAUCUGAGAGAAUCAGAAUUACCUUUGCUGUCUACACUCAGAGAAGGCGUGAUUGUAUUAAGUCGACAGUGGAAAAAUGUUUUAUAUACUCCAUUACUACUUGAACAUAAAUAUAAAACUAAAUUAGUACGACCUAUUAAUAUUACAAUCUCUAUGCCUGAGACUGAUGAGGAAAAUUUGUUCGUUGAUGAGACUGAAGUCGAAGGUACAGAAAUGACAGAUGAAUGUGCUACUUUACUCAAUAAUAAUAAAUCUAAAUAUGUAAUGAAAGAACUAAAUGAACCAUUGCAACCAAUGAAUGGAGUGCCAGUAAACAUAUCUGCAGAUUUCAUUAAACCAAACAUAUGCAAAGAGGGUGUUACUGAUCGAGUACUAACGUCGCCAAGUCUAAAAUCAGGAACUGGAUAUGGGACACUGCGAGAAGAACAACAUGGUUCUGUAGGAAGCGUCUGCUCUUCAGGUGAAAGUGGUAAUAACCCUUGCACAAGUCCUGUAGUGAGCAAUGAAAGAAGUGCCUCAAUAUCUGCAACGAGGUUUGGAGAAGAUCUUUAUAGUUGGAUGGCAAAACAAGAUACAAAAGAAGAUUAUGAUAAUAAAUUUAAAGACUUGAUGGCUAAAACCGGUCGCGUACGCGAACCUCUGAUUGAUAAUAUGGCUGCUAGUGGGGUCAAUAUGUAUCCAAUUCAUGAUUCAUUAAAACUUCUGGAUGCACACCUAAUAUUUGAACCACUGCUAACUUGUUUAGGAGUGAUGCCACAGAAAAUGCUGCCUAACAUUAAUAAUUUAUCAUCCUUGGAUGCACUUGGGACAAAAUUAUCACUUAUUGGAAGUAUAGAUAUGUUGAGAAUAGAUAUUGUAGUUAGUGAAAGCAAAACUGACAAGAAAAAAUCCAAUGAAUGUUUUGCUAAUUAUCUUCUAGGACACAAAUUUAUACUAAAAAUUUCACCAGAAACGCCAGCUUUUGUUUGUGAAAAAAUGGGUGUACAGUUGGAAUUAAAUAAAGUAGCUGAUGUUUCCAUAGACGAAGCAGUUCGAAGACAGAGUGUCUUAUACUUGUCUAGAGGACAGUUACGAAAACAUACCUCAACAAUAUUGAAUUUUAGUUUGAAUAUUAAUUAUAUUUCGCAACAGAUAAAUAUGCCCCUUCUUCGUUUACUUCAUCAAAUAAGCAAUAUGUAUCAAAAUGUUAAAAAUACUCAAAAUGAAUUAAGAGAACAGCAUGCUGAUAUGAAAAUGCCAACUGAAAAUGGCAUAUCUGAAGAUAUCUUUGCACAACCCAGAGAGGCCUCUUCAUUAGUGUCUGCAAAUAAUGAUCAUUUGUCUUCCCAUACGUUAAUCGGAUCUUUAGAUAAAUCUAUAAUGCUUGACGCUCCUGUAUCAAGUUUUAAUAGUCAAGUUUCUGAUAUUGUGAUAUCUCACUCGGUUAGUGCUCAAAAGGUUUGUUCUUUUACUUCACAACCCCCAACUUCUCAAUCUCCUAGCUUCCGAAUACGACCGCAGAGUUUGGCACAGAAAUUAAGAUCUACUAGUAAAACAGUAAAAGGAAAACUCGGAUAUACCAAUUUAAAUGAAGGAACAACGUCGCCAACCGAGAUAAGAAAUGAUUCAUUUUCGAAUUCUGCUGUUGAAAGAAUAACAGUUAUAUCUGAAAAAGGACAGCAAAAAUCAGGAAUUGCCAAUGGUAUCUCAUCAACAAAUUGCUGGAAAACAGUUUAUUAUUUGUUAGAUCUUUAUGCAACUCAACCUGACACUAAAACAAUUCCUCACAGAUUUUCUGUGGCUCCGGAUAUAUCAGAACAUUAUAAAAAUGUUCGAAAAUUUAAUCUAGUAUCUGAAGCAAAGUCUCAAGAUGAUAUAGCACCAGGAGAUCAAACAAGUUCAACACCAAUCCAAACAAACCGAGAUUUAGGCAUUUUUGGUAAUGAGCGAGCUAGGUGGGUAGUAUUUGGAAUAGCCAGAAUACAUAGGACUCGAUUAUUGGCAACAUUAAGUGGGCUGAAGUUGGAAGCAGAAAUUACCAGUCUUCAGAGUAGCCUUACAUGUAAAAAGCGAUUGCACACUGCUAGACUAGAAUGCUCAUUAACAGGGCAAGUUGGAAAAACUAUGAUAGUACUAUUGGAAGGCGUAGCUCCAAAUCAACAAACUGUAGUGAAAGUGACUGUUGGAAAAUCGCAGACAUUAUAUUCUAGUAUAUCAAGAAAAAAUAAAAAUAAAAACUCUGGACUACUGACUGUAGGAGCUGUAAAUAUUGACAUUCCCCAACAUCCUGUUGCACUGCAUGGCAUGAUGACUAGAGGUUCAAAACAACUAUCAUCAACUUUGCAGGAGUUACGUGUAGUACGUACGAGUGGCCGAAUAUCUCGAAGUGGAGGCGUUUAUCAUACAGAAGACAUCGAAUCUAGCAGUGGGGUUCAACAAACGGGGAAACAAUCACCAAUGCAACCCAACGAUACCGCUCACACGAAAAAGCCACGUGAAAGGAGUAAAACACCUGGCACAACUGCAGCAACUUCGGGAUUGCUUCAACCUCUUGUAAUGCAGUUUCUCAUUAAUUUGGAGAGUUUAAGUAUUACUGCAGCACUCUUGCCAUCGUUACAAGCUCAGUAUAAAAUGGAUAAAGUGCAGAGUACAGGAGUUACAGGGAGCAAAGCCAAAUUUACUAUAGAUUUACCACAACACAGUCUAAGUUUUAAUACUAAAAUACAGGCAUCCGAAGCCAAUUUACCUUCAGAAGCAAGUAUAUCACUACCAAAAGUUCAUGUUGGGGCUGAAUAUAUUUUAGAAAGUGAUCAUCAAGAAACUCGGAAUAUUGAUGGUUUAAUACUUUGCCAAGGAAGUUAUUUGAAUGCUACUGCUGAUAUUGGAGCUUUUGAGCACAGUCUUACAACAGAUAUGCUCAAUCAUUUAGUUUUUGUUCAGAAAGUUUUUAUGAAGGAAGUCAAUGAAGUUGUUCAAAAGGUUUAUGGCGGUGAGAAACCUGUUCCAUUAUGGCUCGAAGAUCAUGAUGAAGCUAGUACAACAACUGUUAAACAAAUUUUAUUUUCUCUUAUAAUUCGUAUAAAAAGGGUUCAAUUAACCGCAACUACGCCCACUAAUUCCGCAGUACGCCUUGAAACUGGAGCAGUCGAUUUUCAGUUAUCGAAUCGAGUACGCAAUGUUUCUGUUUCAGACAGUACUCGUUCAUCUUCUGCUCUUAAACUAUUUGGGAAAGCACAGGUGGAUGUGAACUUAAGCCUUGGUCAACUACAUCGUAAUGUUAUUUUUGAUGAAGCUGAACCGGAAUUUCAACAGUUUGCAUUUUUUAAUACUAGAAUUGGCUUGCGUAAUGCAUUUCAAGAUGAAAUGGCUCGAGAAGAUAUGGAGGUUGUGCUCAUAACAUUAAAGAGACCAUUAAUUUAUAUUCAACCCAUGGCUGUAGAUAGAGCAAUAUUAGUCUGGCUGAAUUAUAAAAAUGCUUAUGAGUAUUGGAAUGAAAAUCGUGCAAAUUUAAAUAAAGAAGUUUUGACUGCUACUCAACAGGUUUUAGAAAAAGUACAGUUUGGGCAAUUGAGUGCACCACAUCUUGGAACUUUGUUUCUGCAAUUAACAGUUGAAGACAUGGGAAUUUGUUUGCCUUUAAAUCCACUACCUUUGUCUUCUUGGACAAAUAGAGGAAUAUAUGAUUAUGAUUCUAAAGGGGCUGUGGUUGUUACAUUAGAGAAUACUAGUAUUUCAGCUUGCAGUUCAGGCUCAUUAGUGAGCAAAGGAAAAUUUGUUGGUUUAUGUUUACGAUUUACUGAUGAUUUUGAAGCAUCUUUAGAUGACUGGAAGCCUGAUAUGAAUGAUAGUAAUAUAAUGAAUCUUUGUGUUGUUUCUGAAGGAACAUAUGAAGUAUGCAGCAGAACAAUUGCAGCAAAACAGGGAGUAGAAAAUGCAAAAUGGUUUUUGAAUGUACAAUGGCAAAUGGAAGGUGUGGAUAUCCAUUUAGAUGUUAAUGUUGGCAAACAACUUUCAGCCUUGGGGCAUACAUUAACCAUGCUAACGGGUUCCGAAGAAGAUGAUCAAAUGAUUUUCGACUCUGAUAGUGAUGAUGGCCAAAAAACCUCACAGGAAAAUAUAUUAACAAAAAAUACUAACAAAUGGAUGGACAGUUUGCCGGCUUUUGUCUUUGACCCUAGCAUCGACGCUAAACAAAGAUCCAAAUUGAUAGAAAAGGAAAUGAAUGAACAAGCAAAAAUCAUCCAUGACUUGAGAACAUUGGGUGCAUCUCAAGGAACUAUAGAACAUGAAAUGAGAAGACUCCAUGAAUUGGAAACCUUAAUUUUUAAAGAUUUUCGAAGAGAUAUGAUAAAGAAACUGCGUCGACAAAGUAUGCGCACAACAGCAAUCAAGGAUAAGUUGGGUUUUGGUCAACACAGUACUCUUAGAAGUCGUUACCCAACUAUUGAACAAAAUAUUCAAAUGAAUGGGUGA